CGCCUCUCUGGCUUAUCACCGCUUCCUUAUCGCCGAACCCGGGACUCACAGAGCGGCACUGAUCACGGUGUCAUCAUUUGGACCGGGUGCUGUUUUAGCCAAAGGCAUGGCCACCGCGCUGUAAUGCUGCGCUGCUCUCUCCUUCUCUCACAAGCCCAUCCAUCCUCAACAUCAGCAGCAGUGCAGUGCUAUGGAUCCGUAAGCUAAGCCGCGUCCCUCAUAUACAUACUACAGCAGGAUUCCGCAGGCUCCAGCUCCAGGCUCCUUUCUCCAGUACUGAUAGCGCUUUUAAUAACCAUAUUAGAGCCGCAAGGCAACGCGUCGACGGGGGGAGCUGGAAUUAUGAAGCGUUGGCGCCAUGUCUAAGGCUACAGUCAAGAAGCUGCACUGGCGUUCCAAAGUUCAGGAGAGCUUCGUUCCUCUUGGUGGAGCCUCUGGGGAGCUGGGUGUGGCCAUUGGGGGUGGUGCCGACUAUGGCGAGUUCCCAUUUGUCACAGCAGCACCCGGAGGAGGCGCUACAGUGGGUGACAUCAUCCUGGAGAUUGGCGGCACUCCUGUCCUGGGCAUGACCCUGGGAGACGUGAGAGGGGUUCUGAACUCGUGUCCUCAUCCCAUCCGCAUCAAAACCGUUUCACCAGGCUCCACUCUGUGUAAAGACCUCAGAUUAUAUUUAAGCAAGUGCUUUACACCCGGAUCCAUGGACAGCCAACUGCAGCAGGUCAUACGGGAGAACCUUUACCUACGCGCUGUGCCCUGUACCACCAGGCAGCCACGGGACGGGGAGAUCUCCGGAGUGGACUACAACUUCGUCUCAAUCGAAGAGUUCUUCUCUCUGGAGGAGUCAGGAGCUCUGCUUGAGAGCGGCAAGUUCAAAGGGAACUACUAUGGUACACCACGGCCGGUCCACAUUGGGCCAGACAGCCCACCAAUCACCUACCAGGAGCACCGCAACCUGUUAAGGAACUUCCGCACACGCAGCAAGUCCCUCAGUAACCUGGAGAAGGCUGUGGAAGAGGGGGACAACAGUGAGGAAGACUCCGGUCUCUCAGCGGGUUCUGCAGGGGCGAGCAGUGCCCCUACUACUACCAUUGUUUCGCCCAAUCAGACGUGGGACUCAGGUGGACCUCGGGACGGUGGUGUCCCAGUGGAGAAUGGUGCCCGUGGAGGGGCACUGCCUGAAAACUGGGAAAUGGCAUUCAGUGACUCAGGAGAACCUUACUACAUCGAUCAUAACUCAAAGACCACAAGCUGGCUGGACCCACGGACUCACAGCAAAGAGGUGGUCAGCAAGACGGAGUUACCUCCGUUCACAGACCAGCCAUCUGAACUGAAGGGCUAUUCCAUCCACACACGUCUCUCAAAAGGGCCACGAGGUUUUGGCUUUAACAUUGUAGGGGGCAGCAGACCCAGAGAAUUCCUGCAGGUGUACAGCGUCACACCCGGAGGCCCACCUGCCCUCAACACAGCGGACAUCCUGGUCUACAUUAAUGACUCAUGUGUGCUGGGUAUGUCCCACAAGGAGGUGGUGGAGAUGCUGAAGUCUGUGCCUAUGGGCCACAGUGUGGAUGUGGUGCUGCGUAGGGGCUAUCCCAUGCUUUACAAUCCUGAUGGCUGCCCCAAAACCAGCCUGUCCUCACCCUCUGACCCCAGCCCAGGGUCCGCCCAGCCCCCGUCUCACAAUCUGAACCGUUCCACCUCUCACCACAACGGUUUCUACCCCCGGAUGCAAAAAGAGCCUUUAGACACCAACGGUAAUGUGGCACCUCCGCCUUGCUACCACAUGCCCAAUGGAAACUCAAUAGACAGAACUGUAGGGAUGGCAGGCCUACCCUCAAAUAUGCCAGUGCCGAGGUCGGAGAGACUGAGCUCAAGCCACAGUGACACAGAGGUCAGCACUGUCGUCACACGCAGAGCCUCACUCAUCCGCAGCUACAACAACAAUACCCUUCCUGCCCCAUCUCUGGCUCACCAGAACUCCAAGUCUUCCGAGAGUGAUCUGUCCAGUGGUGCCCUGCCUCUGCCGCAGCCCGAGGUAGGAGGUGCACCAGCGCCACCGGGUGCCCCCAGUGCCCAACGCCCAAUUGUGCCCCCAACUGAGCUACCACCCUGUGGCUUCAAUGGCUGCCCGGCCAGCAACCCCCCUCGGCCUGCCCCAGGCAACCUGGGAUCGCCUGGGGCUGGCACAGGAGGUGAGCUUGUGCCUGUGGCCCUGGGGAGAAGCGAGGGAGGGGGCAUGGGCUUCAGCGUGACAGCAGGCGGGCAGGGCGGGCAGUUGGCGCUGAUCAAACGGGUGUGGGACCGGCGCCAGUGCCCGUCCCUGCAGCCGGGCGAUGCCAUCAUUAAGAUCAAUGGCGCUGAUGUACAGAGCCUCAGCUUCGCACAGGUACAGAGAGUGCUGCAGGAGCAUACUAGACAGGGUGAGGUGGUCUUACUGGUUUACAGAGGAGGAAACAUCCCUUCUCCUGUCACCCCAAACUCGUACAACAGUGUUCCUCCACCACAGGGCCCUCCAGAUUUGAUGUCUCCAUCCUCAGAUGGCCCCACAAACAGCCAAAGCACCCUAUCUCCCCAGUCGCCCUCCAGCGAGCUCCCUCCUUUGGUCCAGAGCACCAGCUUUCUGGACUCUGUGCCUGUUACGCUGACCAUGGAGCCACGGGACUGGAUGGGGGUUGAGGACAUGGCCGUCCAGGGUCCCCGUCUGCCCUCCUCUAAUGCUCUAGGAGCCGUGUCCAAAAUGCAGCCCGAAGGGAGAGGAGCAGUGCCUAGCAAAUCUUUGGAAGUGGAGCUGAGGAGAAGGCCUGGAGAGGGUUUUGGCUUUGUCAUCGCCACACAGGACAUGACAAAUGGCUCAUCGUCACUGUUCUCUCACAGGUUUGUGACCGUGCGGAGGGGCAGUCCAGCAGCACGCAGCGGUCAGAUCCAGCAGGGUGAUCAUCUGGAGGCAGUGGAGGGCCGCUCUGUGCUCACACUGCCUCAUAGAGACCUGGCGCAGAUCCUGCGGCGAGCAGGAAACACACUCCGCCUCACCAUCAUCCCACGUGCCAACAACAAUGCCUCCAACCUGACAGAGUACACAGACUUUGAUGCAGAAAGCAAGUUAAGAAAAGGGCACAUAACCAGACAAAAGCAGGACCCUCGCUAUUACAGUGUGGAUCUGGAGAGAGGCCCGACUGGUUUUGGCUUCAGUUUGAGAGGGGGCAGUGAGUACAACAUGGGAUUGUAUGUGUUGGGGCUGAUGGAAGGAGGACCAGCAUCUCGCAGCCAAAAAAUACAGGUGAGUGAUCAGCUGGUGGAGAUUAACGGGGACAGCACAGCAGGCAUGACGCAUAGCCAAGCCGUGGAACAGAUCCGCAAAGGAGGACACCGCAUCCACCUGGUCCUGAAGAGAGGAAAUGGAUAUGUACCAGACUACGGCCAUGAAGGUGGAGCAGCCUCCCCCUCCUCCUUCCGCUCUGAGGAACCGGGUGAGUGUGGAGUGGCUUUCUCCCUGCCGAGGAGCAUUGAGAAAGGCGUGGACAAAGAGGAAGAGAGACGAAAGGGGCGGAAGAAAGGAGGCAGCAGCCGAGGAGGAGCAGAGGAGGAGAGGAGAGGCACUCCUGAGAUUGAGCGGGCUUUGGGCGACUUGGUUAGCAACACAGCGAGCUCCCACUCAGGGAGGAAGAGAGAGAGAGAGAAACCAAGGCAGAGUACAACCAAAAAGUCUCCAAGAAGUACAGAGGGGGUGGAAGAGGACAUGCAGCGAACAGAGAGGAGGGAGAGGGAGAAGGAGAAGAGGAGGAGUUCUGGAGGCAGGAGGAGCAGAGUGAAAACUGGAACUCAAGAGAUAGAAGAGAGAGAACAGGAAGAGGAAAGGGAGCGGUCAGAUUCAAGAGGGAGGCGGAGGAAAGAUGAAAAGAAGGAGGGAAAAAAGCAAGGAAAUAUAGAAAACAACAACAAUGAUGUCUCUGAGGGCACAGAAGAGGUCACUGGGGUCACACAGAAAGCACCCUUCUCCUUCCUCAUGUCUUUGGAUGACGAAGGCAAUCUUUCUGACGCUGACUCUGCACUCAGCAUUUCGGAAGUCAGUGUGUCUGCAGCUAGCAUCUCGUUCGCAGGGGCGCACUGGCCCCUUGACCCCAGAGACCUCAGCAACCCCCAGGAGAUCUCCACUUCCCCAAACCUUACCCCGGGCCCAUGGCUAGUCCCCAGUCCCUAUAAACUCUCUCAGGUCUUAGAAGGUAACAGGUUGAGCCAGCAUUCAGGAGGCCUGUGGUUCUGAAAAGCUUACUCUCUCUGAACUCUCUCUCUCUCAUACACACACAGACACACACACACGCAUGUCAUUUGGAGACCAGCACACCACCGUCAUCCCACCAGCCCUCCUCCAUCUCAAAAAAACAAACAGCAUCUGCGUUCACAUUUUUAAGACGAGCCGCUUAAAUUGCAACCAGCGCCCGUGUCUGCGGUCCAGGCGAACUGAAAUGACCAUCACCUAAAGGCCAGUGAAACAAAAGGAGAGAGCAUGCUGCCAUCAUGGGAUGGUUCUGAUUGGUUGCUACACUGCAAGGCAAAUCCAUAUGCGUGUAUGUAUUCAUAAUGUUCAUAGCAUGUACAAGUUCUUUUUUCUUUUUUUUUAAAUCUUAUGUCAUUUUGACAUUUUUUUUUUAAUUUUGAUAUUUUUAUUUUCUUAUGAAUGCAUUAAGAUUCUAUUACCGAAAAAAAAGAGGAAGAUUUAUUUAAGAUCUGUAUUAGCUGCUUGCUUUUCCGUGACCAGACUGUAACCCUCUCCCCCACCGAGUGUGUCAAUCUAGCUGUCCGUGCUGGGGAAAGGACGGGGAAAGAACUGUUUUAUUAUGAGGCUAGCGAGCCAUCUCAGACUUCUCCAGGUGCCUUCUGCUUCUUUAGCUGGUGUUUACCAAAAAAAAAAAAAAAGAAGAAGAAUCUAUAUAAUAUAAUAAAAAAAAUUUAUCAGAUAAAAAAAAAAAGAUUAAAUGAAGUAGCAAAGUAGAGAGUGUGCAAUUAAGCAUUCUUCUGCCUCUUGAACUAUAAACCUUUGCAAGACUCAGUACACAAGACAGAGGAAAAAAAAAAUAUAAAAAAUACUGCACACAUUCUGCAACCGGUCAGCGAGUCAUUACAAGUGCCUCAUGUGAUAUUCCUUUACGUGAAACACUAGACUUCUGUUUUAGACGUCUGUGUUGAAUUCAGGAUCCCGGAGCUUUCGUUUCUCAUGUUUCUCAUGUUGUGUUAAGAAUCGGCGUUUCAGAGCCGUUCCAGAUUCCCCAGCGCAUUUCAGAAUCACAGAAAAAGAAACCAACCCGAAGGCCAAUAAGAUCCCCUUUGCUCAGCCCUCCUCCAGUCUGCAUCAAGACUGCUGUUGCCACAUCUGCCACUCACUCUCUUAGCUUCACGCGUCCAUCCCUCGUUUCAGGAGAUAAAAAAAGGGCAUUUUGAUACUGGUCUUCUAUGCAUUUUGUAAGACUUACUGAUCAAAAUGGCGGAGGCGUUUUUUUCGUUUUUCUACUGAGGCCUAGAUUGGGAAUAUUGUGUACUAUCGAAGCGCAGGUAGUUUGCUGGGAUGUGACUGGUAUGGAACAUAAGGGAAGACUUUCUGAGGUCAUCUAGUGUCAGACGUACUGCAGCACCAGCUUAUAUGCAUCUCUCUCUUUACCUCUGACUGUCUAAGCAAUAAGAGGCCAUCUCCCUGUAUCCUGUUUCAGAAUACACGCCGUAACUUUACACCCACCCCCCCACCCCCAACAAAAUUCACUACACCGCAGUAUUCAAAUAAGUCGAUUAAAAAAAAAAAAAAAAAAAAGGACAAGUAUUUCUUAUUUAAGAUUUAUAACACAGGUAGAUGCGUAUGCGGGAUAUGUCACGUUAUUCAUGCUGUAUGUAAUAGCAUGUCAUGAGCAUUUCCAAGGAGUCCAAAUGUAUUCUAAGAGUAUAAGUGAAGUUUGAUGAGCUAUUUAAGUUCACUGAUCUAAUGGAGACUUCAACCAGCCUAAGUGUUCACUUUGUAUUUGAUUCCUAAAAAAAGGGCAAAACUGCAUCGUCGUGUUUGUAUUGAAUUGGGAUGACGUUUGGUAACUUUUUUUCACGUCAGAGAGACAGUACUGUAGCAUAUGCUUCUUGUAAAGCAAGACUAUUGUACAUAAAGACAAAUCCCAGAAAACUUAUAGGCUUUACACCAGAACAAUAUUAUCAACCCUAGUCUGAUUUAUCAGCUACAAACAUAUCAGAAAUACUAUAUGUAGCACAGAUUAUAAUAUCCUUCAAGCUAUGUUUACAAUAACUUAUUAUACCCUGGCACAGGAAAACAGGCAAAACGUGCCAUCUUCUUCCAUGAUGUAACAUGAUGUUCGAAACCUAUUGAAAAUAUUUCAAAGUUGCAUGACUGUUAGAUGUACUCUACGAGCAUCACCCUAUAGAAAUAUUUGUUUUUGUUGUCCUGACCCCCUCUUUUGACACUUUGUCCUAAUGUAACGUGGUGAAAUGUGCAAUGCUUUUUAGUGAACCCCCUUGAAAAGAAAUCUUAGCAUGGUCAGACCCUAGUGCUUAUUUUUUGUAACAAACAAUUAAACAGGCUCCUUGCUUUAGAUCCCUCCUUCACUUUAAAAACUAAGGCAAAUAGUCACCCACAGUGCCAGUGUAUAAGUAUGCGGUUAUAAACAGCAUGCCCAAUAAUCACCACGUCGAAGGCGUCUCGUCCACCCAUCGAUUUACUUACAGCUAGUAGCCCCUUAGACGGUCAAGUGUAGGUUGAAAACAAAAAAAUACCCUGAGGUUGUCUUACAAGAAGGAGCCAUAAUAUGAGCCAAUCAUUGUAUUUAACAAACGGUGCCAUGUUUUGAUACUAUAACUUCUGAGGUCAAUCUACUCGGCAGUGCUACUGCGCUAGUGAAAUGCUAAUUAACGAUGUCAUCCUCGUUCCCUUUGCAGAAAGGAAUAAGGCCUUUGUUCUUGUAUGUUUUUUGUAAGUGUCGACAGUCGAAAAUGUCAAAAUGUGAAAGUUAAGGUUCAGCUUUGAAUUUCAACUUGAAUUUAUUACAUUAGCCUUGUUAAGGAAUCAGCCAUUGUACAGAACAAAUGAAAAAACAUUGCUUUUCGCCCACUAGACUCUAUAUUCUGUAGACAGUAGUUAGAGAAGUAGCAGGAGCAGCUGGACAGCUAGGAGAAAGAUGACUGAAGGAGAGGGCACAGCCGGCAAAGCAGCACAUUUCUGCAACACUUUUGUUUAGUUUUGUUUUUUACACACUGGAAAACCGUUGCAGGAGUGUACAUGCUUUUGUACAUGCUUCAGUGGCAUGCUGCUUGCAGCCAAAUUAGACAUAUAUUGCGCCCUGAUGUGCGCAUGACUGCUGCCGCGCCGCUUGCCGUGUGUAGCUGGUUUAAAAACGCUACAAUGAUUAAUGCUUCUGGCUUGAAAUAAGGAUGUAACCACACUAUCAUGGGUUGUAUGGUAAGAAACAAAUUUGUCAGUGUAAACGAGCUUUCGGGGUUACAAACAUACCAUCGCAAAGUAGGGAUGCACCGAGAUUUCCACCACCACCUGUAAAUGAAUGGUGCUGACAAUUUUUGACUGAAAGAAAAAAAAAAUCCUCACUUUUAAGACUGAAUACAACAGAUUAUUUACCAAAAAAAAAAAACUAUUGUAGCUAAUGUCAAGAAUCUAAUAAUACACCACUGACAUUCAUGUAGUGAAUUGCCAGAUUAAGCUGGAUCCCCCACAUGGGGAUUUUUUUUUUGGACUCAAUUCAGUGGAUCCAGUCUGGAAACCCUGUAUCUGUUUUACAUCAUUUGCGUGCACCAUGACACACACACACACUCUGUUCCGUUUUCUAGCACUACCCGUACUGCACAUGCCAAUGAUGGACACUUAUUUGUAUUUGCAUGUGUUUUUUGCAGUGCUGGAUUUUUUUUUUAAAUGCUACCUGCUAUGCAAAUGAUCAGUGAUGUUAUUUCAUCACCAUGUACUGCUUGGGUUAAUUAUUUGAACUUAUUCCAAAGCAUAAAUAAAAAGGUGAAUUCUUUAAAGCAGUUCCUACAAUGGUUUAAGAAAGUAAACGGAUUUUUUUAAAGAAAAAAAAAACAUAUAUCUAUAUCUGACUUGUUCAGUCCAAUGUGUCCUAAAUUCUGGUCUCAGACUGGACAUUUUUUUUCGGUGCAUCACUACCUCUAAGAUGUAAAAGGCUUGAUUAGACUAAAAUACUUGCAUGCUUGAUAUAGCACACUGCUCCUGGUUAUAUCCUAAACCACAGUCAUUACUUUUAAACCUAGCCAGAAAUAUAUUAAUAUUAUUCCUCCACAACUACUGCCCUCUCCUUUGUUUUCUUUCUUCUGCUUCAGUUAUACAGGAAGAAGAUGUAGGCAGAUUUCUUUUCUUAUUUUAUUUGUUAACCAGGUCUCGGAUUCCCUCCUCCUGACUUGAAGCUGAACAAGUAGCCACUGUUCCCGAGCUGCGGGUUGUGCAGCAGGAACUUUGACUAUUACCUGAGGGUGUGUACAUAGCAGUCCACACGACACUUAAUAGUACAGAUGUACAGGUUUUUAUUCGUUGCUCUUGAUAUGUAUGAAGAUAAUUGUAUUGUUUUUGAAUGCAUCAACAGGGAGUUUUGAAUUAUGAACAAUGAAAUAAUGACAUGCAGUUACCACAAUAAAGUGAUUAAACUGAA